AUGUCCUGUUCCCAGGGUGAGGAGCCGAUCUACAGUGAAAUAACAGAGGUGAAAGCUGAAGUCGGGCAUGUGAGACACGGCCUGGUCCCCCUCAUGCUGCACGUGCUUUUCCUCAUUCUCUUCUCUGGAGUCCUUCUGGCAUUUCUUCUCCAAGUUCCAAAGGUUCCCUGCACCCAGGAUCAGGAGGAGAUCUACCAGGAACUUGUGCAGCUGAAGCCUAGAGUUGACCUUUUAUGCCGCCCCUGCCCCUGGGACUGGAUGUUCUUCCAAGGAAAGUGUUUCUUCUUCUCCAUAACUAAACGUAAUUGGAGUUAUUCCCUCACUGCUUGCCAGGAAGUAGGGGCCCAACUAAUCAUCAUUGAAAGUGAUGAGGAGCAGAGCUUCAUACAGAAAAUGAAGAAGAUUAAUAGCCAUCUCUGGUUAGGGCUGUCGGACAUGAAACAUGAAGGCUUGUGGCAGUGGGUGGAUGAGUCACCUUUGUCGCCAAGGUAG